CGCGCUCCCUGCGACGAACCUGGUGGCUUCCCAGCUCGCUGGGAAGAGCUUGGGCUCUUCUAGCUCCCCAGCCACAGCUCUCGGUACGUCACCCGCGCCACUUGGGCGCGUCCGAGGACUCCCGUGCUCCGUGCAAAGCCCUGGCCCCGGCGCCCAGGGCAUGGGCCAGGGGCGUGGGGCUAGGCGGCUUCUCGCGGGGCCGUGACCUGAACCGGCUUCAGCAUGAAGACUCUCAUAGCAGCGUACUCUGGGGUCCUGCGAGGUGAGCGUCGGGCAGAGGGUGCCCGAAGUGAGGGUUCGGGUAGAAGAUCUGCGCUGUCUCCUGAAGCGUCGGGAAAAUGGGGAACUGGCUCCAGCAUCCUCUCCGCUCUCCAGGACCUCUUCUCUGUCACCUGGCUGAACAGAUCCAAAGUGGAAAAGCAGCUUCAGGUCAUCUCGGUACUACAGUGGGUCCUGUCCUUCCUUGUUCUAGGAGUGGCCUGCAGCGCCAUCCUAAUGUACACGUUCUGCACUGACUGCUGGCUCAUUGCGGUGCUCUACUUCACCUGGCUGGCUUUCGACUGGGACACACCCAAGAAAGGUGGCAGGAGGUCACAAUGGGUACGAAACUGGGCUGUGUGGCGCUACUUUCGAGAUUACUUUCCCAUCCAGCUGGUAAAGACAUACAACCUGCCAACCACCAGGAACUAUAUCUUUGGCUACCACCCCCAUGGCAUCAUGGGCCUGGGUGCCUUCUGCAACUUCAGCACGGAGGCUACUGACGUGAGCAAGAAGUUCCCUGGUAUACGGCCCUACCUGGCCACGCUGGCUGGCAACUUCCGGAUGCCUGUACUGCGAGAAUACCUGAUGUCAGGAGGCAUCUGCCCUGUCAACCGGGACACCAUAGACUACUUGCUGUCAAAGAAUGGGAGUGGCAAUGCCAUCAUCAUCGUGGUGGGGGGUGCGGCUGAGUCCCUGAGCUCCAUGCCUGGCAAAAACGCCGUUACCUUGAAGAACCGCAAAGGCUUUGUGAAGCUGGCCCUGCGCCACGGAGCUGACCUGGUUCCCAUCUACUCCUUUGGGGAGAAUGAGGUGUACAAGCAGGUGAUCUUCGAGGAGGGAUCCUGGGGCCGAUGGGUCCAGAAGAAGUUCCAGAAGUACAUUGGCUUUGCCCCAUGCAUCUUCCACGGCCGGGGCCUCUUCUCCUCUGACACCUGGGGGCUGGUGCCCUACUCCAAGCCCAUCACCACUGUCGUGGGCGAGCCCAUCACCAUCCCCAAGGUGGAGCAGCCAUCUCAGCAGGACAUUGAUCUAUACCAUGCCAUGUACAUGGAUGCCCUGGUAAAGCUCUUUGACAAGCACAAGACCAAGUUUGGCCUCCCGGAGACUGAAGUCCUGGAGGUGAACUGAUCCAAUCCUUGGAAGGAACCAAUCGAAAAGUGUUUUCUACCGAGUUCUCAAGUGCUUUUUGUUCUGUAAAUUUGGAAGCGUCAUGGGUGUCUGUGGGUUAUUUAAAAGAAAUUAUAAUUUGUUAAACCAUUACAAUGUUAGUUGUUUUUUAAGAAGGAAAAAGUCAAUAUUUUAAGCUCCUUUACUUCCAGUGUGUCUUUUUCUAGGUGGUGGCUAACACAUCUUGGGCCUUAAUGGUUUCUCAUUCAAACCCCUGGUUCCCUUCCUGAAAUGACAGAGAAAACUCGGUUCUGGUUAAUCGGGGAAGGAUGGUCAUUAGUGAUUCAGGCCAGUUAGGUGGUUCAUUCUUUGCUCCCAGGCAUGAGGGGCAGAAGCCACUUCUAACACAAACACCUCUAUUGCCCACCACCCCAUGCUUACCUGAAAGACUUGGUCCCUGUUGCCCAGGGGA